AUGGAGAGCCCUCCAACCUAUCAACAACCCAUGGGCGAAAGGCCUACUUAUGUAUCUCUGCUAGAUGAAGGGACUGCGAGCUACGAUCAAACGACGUCAUCAUCAAACACGACGUGGCAUGACGUCACAGAUCAUCAACCGUCGAUCGCCUGGUUGAUCACCGUACCUCUUGUCGUGGGGAGUAUAACGAUCGUCACCGUUAUCGGCAACGCGUUGGUGAUGGUGGCUUACAACAAGGACAAGCGCAUCCACGGUCGCGUCGCCAGCUUGCUCAUCUUAAAUCUCGCCAUUUCUGAUUUCAUCAUCGGUUUGGUCGUGCUCAGCAUCAAUCUGGCCUGGAUUACGUGGAACGAGUGGCUAGGUGGGGAGUUCUGGCUUCUUGGGGAGGUCUUCUGUAAACUAUGGCUCGUGAUCGACAACACAGCCAGCAUGUUGUCUGUCUUCACCAUUAUCCUCAUCAGCCUGGAUCGAUACUGGCUGCUCACCAAAAAAAUGCACUAUCAGAGCUUCCAAACACGAAAACGUGUCUUGGUGACGAUCUCCCUACUUGGGUUGGCCGUACUUUACCGGUGA